AUGGCGCACCCAGCGAAGAAUGUGAGCCCCGAGGCAGAGGUCAAGUCGUGGGGUUUCAAGCAGGUCUUCACCUGGACAGACGCCCCGGGCACCCACUACCCCCCGCACAGCCACCGGGCUUUGACGACGCACCUCAUCACGAAAGGCAGCCUCACCAUAACCUAUCCCGAGGACGAGAGCCCGGCCAAGGAAACGCACGCCGUGGGCGAGCGUGUAGACGUGGCAGCAGGGCGACAGCACGAGGUCUGGGUCGGCACGCAGGGUUGCACCAUGGUCAUCGGGGAAUAGAGAAUAGAGAAUAAAGAACCCAGCUAGCUGGCAGCUGAAGCGGCGGCCAGUGUUCAUACAAGUCAAACAACGGCUUCUGGAUAAACUUCGUUGUCAUGCACACUUCUUGACACUUCAAGCAACAGGUAGCAGGAAUGGACCAAGGUGGAACACUUGCGACCG